GGUGACGCCAUGGGAGACAGACAAAAGAAGAAACAGAAAACAAACUCACAAGUCGGAGACGAUAAGUAGCAGGCUGAAGUGCCAAAUCAAAGUUGGAGCAGUUUGUCAUUCCAUUUCAAGUCCAGAUCUCCACUUAUAAGUAUGAAAACACAAGAAGAAGAUGAGCCAGCGGUAUAAAUUAAUCCAGCAGUCUGAACGGUUCAAUGGGCUGAUGCAGAACCGCGAUGAAAUGGCCAAGGAGUACACUCGGUUCCUUUUAGAACAAGAGCGCAAAUGUGGUCCAGAUGGAUUUGUGGAUUCAACCAGAUACAGACACCCCUUUAUUGUAAGAGGGAGAGAGGGAGAGGCUGUUAUGCCAAAACUCACUUCCAUGUCGAGACCUCAGAAGAAGAGCGGAUUAGACCCCAAAUCCAAAGGAGGCGCCGAGCACAAAGAACAAGAGCAUGGGAUUAAAUUUAUGGAAAAAGUCGUGAGCAGAGGUGCAGAGACGGAGCACGCAAUGUCCAACCAGAUUCGCACAGCUGAGUAUGAAUGGCGAAAACAGAAAAACAGAGUGGAUGACAUCCAGUACAAGCUGUUGAGACUGAGAGAAGGAAACCUUAAUCAAAUCAGGAGAAGUAUGGCAUUUGCUCAAACACAAGAAGAUCAGCUUAGAUGGCAGAUGAACAAAGAAAAAGCAAAGCUACUUAUGUACCAGAAUGCAAAGGAGAGCAAUUACUGGAAGUUAAUCCAUCACCGAGCCUUACAAAUGGAGAAUGAUCACAUGCUAAAGGAAAUGCAAAAGGAGCACAGAAGAUGCAUGAAUAUUAAGGAAAAAUCCUUAAACUGAAUAAAUUUGAUUUGUGUUGAUGAAAA